AUGGACAUAGAAGUAUAUCGAAGACGUGGAAAGAAAAAGAAACGCAUUACUACUGCCGUUUAUCAAGAAUCACAAGAACCUGAAACACAGGUGGCUGCUAUGGGUUCAGAUUCGCGAAUUCCAAGUAGCGGUGAAAACACUCCUCCUGCUCCAAAAAGCGGCGAGAUUUCAGCACCUGGUUUAUCCAGGUGCGAAUCCUAUGUAGGAGCAUCGGCAGCCGGUGUCUAUAAUGAUGUUUGGCCUUCUUGGUGUAAUCUAGAUGGAAGCCAAUUAUCCAGAUUAGCCAGACAACUGGAUAGAGAAACUGUCGAAGCUGAGUUUUGUGAUUAUCGUCGCAACGCACUAGAAGAGACAUUAAAGGCUGUACAUUCUCUAAGAAAAGAUUCUUCAGUUUUAAGAUCAAAGGCUAUUUUAUGUACCCAACUGGAAUUAGGAAUGAAUCAACGACCUCAAGAAGAAUCAACAGGUUGGUUAACCCUGCCCCGAACAUAUUCGCGAGCAGUAUCGAGAUUUGAAUUGCCAAUGGACCGCAGAUUACUAGAGAUGACACCAAUGGAAUAUUUAUCGAAAUUUGUUGUAGUAUGUGAAAGCCGACUGCAGAUGUAUAACAAAGUGUUUGUUUUAUAUAAUAAACAAGAGCAAACUUUCGAAACAGCAGAGCAGAAUGGUGUUAUCAUUAAACCAAGACUGAUGCUAGGAAAAGACAUGCCAGAAGCAAUAGCAGUCGCUUUAGGUUCUGUUUAUGAUGAAGAAAAAUCAAGUUUUGUUAAAGAAUUAUUAGAUUGGAAGUAUGAAGAUAUAAUUACGUUCAGAUUAUGGGCUGGUGUUUGCGCAGUAUGUGAAAGAAUUAUUGGAAUAUUGGAUAAUGAAGAUGUAGAUCCAAGAGAUGAGAUAGAACGAGCCGACUUCGAAUCAUUGCCCAGAAUGUUAAAUGGAAUAAAACCUAAUGCAAAAUUAAUGAAGUUGCUGUUUCUUAUCAAAGAUAAUUAG